AUGAAGACUGUGUUAUGCUGGAUAUCCGUAACAUUUUUUAUUUUUAUUCAGGCUUUGUGUGCUAAAGCUUCAGACGAAGCGAAAGAUAAGAAUGUAGUAGUAGACUGUAGCACUUUACGUUUAGGUCAAUAUAUAUGUCCAGAUCCUAGUUACAAUCACAUUGAUUCAGAGACACAACAGCUUCGAGGUUGUGCUAAAGGAAAGCAUAACCCAUCAGAAGGAGAAGCAGAUGUUCGAUGCAUAGCUGCUGAUGGUAUAAUAUGCAAUGAAACCAAUAAUUCUACAUUUACAAGGAAGAUGCCAUGUAAAUGGACAAAUGGAUACUCACUAGAAGUGGCAUUAUUACUGUCCGUGUUUUUAGGAAUGUUUGGUUUAGACAGAUUCUAUUUAGGUUAUCCAGGUAUAGGAUUAGCUAAAUUAUGUACCUUAGGAUUUAUGUUCCUGGGCCAACUUUUGGAUAUAGUAUUAAUUGCAGCACAGGUGGUUGGGCCAUCUGACGGGUCUGCUUAUGUUAUACCAUAUUAUGGUGCUGGAGUAACUGUAAUCAGAAGUGACAAUGACACAUAUCUUCUACCACAAACAGAUUGGCAUAACAUCACUUGA